AUGAAGUUUUUAACUACCAACUUUGUCAAAUGUGCCGUCAAAGGAUGUCAAUCUUCUACUGAAUCAUUCCCUUUGAAAUAUUCAGACUGCCAGUUGGUGCAAGAAGAACAAGAAUAUAACCCAGAAUUUCUCGUACAUAUGUUGGAAAGACUAGACUGGAACGCUGUUAUACAAGUAGCCAGAGACUUGGGCAACGAUUCGUUACCUCCAACUAAGCCUGACAGCUUGGACCCAAUCAUGGAAGAAGACCAGGCUGUCUUGAAAGACUUGCAUACCUUGUUGGUGGAAACUCAAAUAGUCGAAGGACGUAUGACGUGCAACAACUGCCAGCACGUCUACCACAUCAAAAACUCCAUCCCUAACUUCUUGCUCCCUCCUCAUUUGUGCUAG